AUGAUUGAGGAGAGCUUGUUAGAAACCCAUUUGGAGAACUUGACUGAUGACUAUCAUGACGGCGUAGCGACGCUCGAUCAGCCUCCCAGCGCCAUCGAGGCUCUGCGUAUGAUCAAUCGUUCGCAGCCAGUCAUCAUAAAGGACUCUGUGCGAACCCUCACGGACGGGUCGACGACGUUUGUUAAACCAUUAGAGGAACACAUGUCCAUGGGAACAUUCCUAAGCCGGUUGACUGACGGAGAACAGGAAAUUCACUACCUGCAGUCUCAAGAUGGAAACAUCUAUCGUUCUACACCGGGGGCAAGAGGACCGCCUGACCUAGCCGACUUUCAGCCAUUCAUUGAGAGGGAUACUGUGUGGAUGAAGGAGGCCACAGGAUAUUCAGCCGAGGCCGUCAACCUCUGGAUCGGUGCAUCCCGGAGUACCACCUCCCUGCACCAUGAUCCUUAUGAGAACAUCUACCACGUUUUAAGUGGCAGCAAAACGUUCACGCUUGUGUCUCCCAUCGAUGGGCUGAGGAUCGAGCCUCCCGAUGUGCCUUGGGUGGAGGGUACAGACAUCCCAGCGCAUGCGCGGCAUACGAUAGUGACAUUGAACGAGGGAGAUUCCCUGUACCUUCCUGCAAACUGGUGGCAUCGACCCCCUGUCAAAGAGGAAGCUGACGAGCCCAGCUGGUACACUUCGGAGAUACGCCCAGAGUUCUACGCCUUCGAACGGUUUGCGCGUAGGAUUGCGCGCUCAGCUGGGCGCGAGGUUCUUCCGGUCGACAUUGACGAGGUCGAUGAGGCUGUGUGGGGAAGCGAAGUUGAUUCAGCGGACGAAUGGGACCCGUCUGAGUGGGGUCGAUAA